AAAAACAAGAAUAAAAAGGCUGCUGAGAAAGACAAAUCCUCCUUCUGUUGUUGCUAACUUCUCAUUUCUCUCCACAAACCCGACAACCCGUCUGCCACAACACCUAAACCCUGUCCGUCACCCGCUGAUGCAGAAUCACACCAACACGUAUCGCUUCAAGGCUCUUUGAUCACCUCCAAUAACAGGAGUCUCAUCCGAUCUGCUGCCGCUCAUCAGCGUGUUCGAUAUCAACAACAACAAAGGGCAGGAAAUCACAUUAAUCCACGGCUCCGCGGCCUUUCGUCUUCCUUCAGCUGGCAGGACAGAGGGAUGUGCUGAGGAGGAGAGGCGGCAGCAGGAGUUGGGAGGAAUAACGGAGUGGAAAACGCUCAGCAUGGACGCAGCUCCGGUGUGCAACAGCAGAUCAGGUUGUCCCAGAUCCAGCAGAUGCUUCACGGGAUGCUGAGGACGAGGUAACAUGUCGGUCUCCAUGGUAACAGACACCUACCCGUCCACCCAUUGGUCGGUGGCCCCCGAGGCCCCGGCGGGCACCAACGCCACCAACUGGAAGCGGGACGCCCUGCUGGCGGUGGCCGAGGUGGUGGUGCUGGCGGUCAUCUUGGUGAUGGCGUUGCUCGGCAACGGGCUGGUGCUGGUGGUGUUGCUAAGGCGCCGGCGACAUCACAACCCGCUGCACCAGUUCAUGCUCAACCUCUGUCUGGCCGACCUGGUGGUGGCGCUGUUCCAGGUGCUGCCCCAGCUGGUGUGGGACGUUCAGGGUCGCUUCCCCGGCCCGGACUUCCUGUGUCGCCUGGUGAAAUACCUCCAGGUGCUCGGCAUGUUCGCCUCCUCCUACAUGAUCGUUGCCAUGACGCUGGACCGCCACUACGCCAUCUGCUGCCCCCUGCAGGCGCAUCACAGCGGAGCCACGCAGCGCUGCAACUCCUUCGUGGUUUCGGCCUGGGGGCUGUCGCUGCUGCUCAGCCUGCCGCAGGUUUUCAUCUUCUCCCGCUCUGAAGUGGCUCCAGGAAUCUACGAAUGUUGGGGGAACUUUGCCGAGUCUUGGGGCCUGAAGGCCUACGUGACCUGGAUGACCGUGUCGGUCUUCAUCCUGCCCGUCCUCAUCAUCACCGUGUGCCAGGUUCGCAUCUUCAGGGAGAUCCACAACAACCUGUACCUGAAGUCGGAGCGCCGCCUGUCGCCCUCGUCUAUAACGGCAUCCAGACGAGACAGCCAGCGAGGGGGAGGAGCCAGGGGGAAGUCCAGCCUCCCCCUCCACGUCUCACCCCUCGUCUUCAACAACCCCGGCAGUCAAACCUCCUGUGAGUCCAGCUGCCUCCCGAUGGGUCCGGUCAGGUCCACCAGCACCGACCCUCCGGUUCCCUUCCCUAUCUGCCCCCCCGACCCUCCGGUUCCCUUCCCCAUCUGCCCCCCCGACCCUCCUAAAGCGCCUCCUGCCCGGGGCGGGGAGGUGUCGGCCGCCAUGUCCAAGACGGUGAGGAUGACGCUGGUCAUCGUCCUCGUCUACUCGCUCUGCUGGGCGCCGUUCUUCAGCGUCCAGCUGUGGGCCGCCUGGGACCCCGACCCGCCUCAGAACGGUGCAGCGUUCACCUUGCUCAUGCUGCUGGCCAGUCUGAACUCCUGCACCAACCCCUGGAUCUACUCCGCCUUCUCCAGCAGCGUCUCCCCGGAGCUCCGGCUGCUGCUGCUCUGCCGGACGAGCUCCCAGCGCCGGGGCUCUUUACCGAACGACUCCACCACCACACACACCUCCAGCUACUGA